UGACAUUUUCCUUUCCCCCUUUACCCAGCUUCAUUUCAACGACCUUAUCUUAUCCCCACCCGCCAUGACACUUGCGACCUCUCUUGAAUGUCAAUGAAUGAAUGUAUGUAUAAAACAAACUAACAGCUUCACAAUCUUUCUUGCACGCUCGCCAUUGGUGAUCACUUCCGAUAGCUCUUAGAAACAUCCAAUCCAAUGGCAGAGAACAACAACCACCACCAUUUCCGAACCGCCAUCAGAAGGCUCGCCUCUGUGACCAACCACCUCACUUCUUCUCACAACGCACCCGGCGAACUCGCCCUGUGCCGCACUUCCGGUAGGAGCGACAGCUUCCACCGCGUCCAGGGCCACGUCCCCUCCCACGACGUCGUUUGGAGGAUCAUCGCCUCCGACCACGACAACUCCGGCAAGGACUUCACCGACAUUGUCUACGAGAAGGCCGUCGGGGAAGGAAUAGCCAAGAUAAGUAUUAAUAGGCCAGAGAGAAGGAAUGCGUUCCGCCCCCACACGGUGAAGGAGCUUAUGCGUGCUUUCACUGAUGCCAGGGAAGAUAGCUCUAUUGGGGUCGUCAUUCUCACUGGCAAGGGAACCGAGGCAUUUUGUAGUGGUGGUGACCAGGCUUUGAGGACUGACAAUGGCUAUUCUGAUAAUGGAAGUUUCAGUAGCCUCAAUGUGUUAGACUUGCAGGUGCAGAUACGCCGCCUCCCUAAACCAGUGAUUGCAAUGGUAGCAGGUUAUGCUGUUGGAGGAGGGCAUGUAUUACAUAUGGUCUGUGAUCUAACUAUUGCAGCAGAUAAUGCUAUCUUUGGCCAAACUGGUCCCAAGGUAGGAAGCUUUGAUGCUGGUUUUGGAAGUUCUAUCAUGUCUCGUUUGGUAGGUCCAAAAAAAGCACGUGAAAUGUGGUUUCUCACAAGGUUCUAUGAUGCCGUUGAAGCAGAGAAAAUGGGUCUUGUCAACACUGUUGUACCACUUGAGAAUUUGGAGAAAGAAACGAUAAAAUGGUGUCGGGAGAUACUGAGGAACAGUCCAACUGCUAUUCGGGUGCUCAAGUCAGCUCUUAAUGCAGUGGAUGAUGGCCAUUCGGGACUUCAGGAAAUUGGUGGAAAUGCAACACUGAUAUACUAUGGCACUGAAGAAGCUAAAGAGGGGAAGACUGCAUAUUUGCAACGUAGACGCCCUGAUUUUUCUAAGUUCAAUCGGCGACCUUAAAUAUGUCAAUUGUUGCUAUCAAUUUGUGACAUAGACCUACACUCUGCCCAAUAUAUAUAUAGAGCAGAAAGUUGAUUUGGGACCUGUUUACUAUUGUCAUUGAUUUAUUCGUUUCAAAUGUAUUUUUGAGGCUGGUGGUAAAAUAAACAGAUUUCUUAUAUUUAACUAUUUUAUUUUGUUUCUUAAAAAGAUAGUAAAUUUCAAUAAAUAAGACCAUAGAAUAUACAUUUCCACUUA